AUGCAGGCGCGGCGUCUAGCCAAGCGCUCCAGCCUGGGCAGCCGCCGGGGGGGCGCCGCGUUGCAGGCGCCCGGCCCCGCGCCUGCCAGGGAAGGCACCGUGCCCGGCCUCCCGCCCCUCGGCCCGGGCGCGAACCCGGCCCCGGCCCCGGCCCCGGCCCCGGCCCCGGCCCCGGAGAGCUGGAGGCCGCCGCCGCCGCCGCCGCGCAGCGCCGGGACCGGCCCCCCUCGGGCCGCCGCCGCCGCCGCCUCGUCGCCGGUGCUGCUGCUGCUCGGGGAGGAGGACGAGGACGAGGAAGGCGGGAGCAGGCGGCGGAGGGGGCUCGGGCGGGUGGCGGAGAAGCCCCGAGGGGGCGCGGAGGAGGAGGAUGACGACGAGGAGGACGAGGACGAGGAGGUGGUCGUCGAGGUGGACGACGACGACGAGGACGGCGAGGAGCGCUUCCCGCCGCUCGGCGCGGGCCGUGCGGUCCCCCGGGCCCCGGCGCGGGGCGCCCUGAAGGUGGGGAGCAUUAAGCGGGAAAUGACCUUCACAUUUCAACCAGAGGACUUAAAACGUGACUCUAGUAAAAAAAUGUCUCAUCAACACUUGUUUUCCUUGGCCAUGGAGGAAGAUGUGAAAACAGCAGACACCAAAAAAGCCAACCGAGCCCUUGACCAUGAAAAAGAGAACACUCGCUCCAUCUGUCUCCUUGAGCAAAAACGAAAAGUUGUUUCUUCUAAUAUUGAUGUUCCUCCAGCAAGGAAAUCUUCGGAGGAACUGGACAUGGACAAAGUGACAGCAGCAAUGGUACUAACCAGUUUGUCUACCAGCCCGUUGGUUCGAAGCCCUCCUGUGCGGCCAAAUGGGCCCGAGGGCCUCAGCGGGUCCUGGAAGGAGGGAGGCGGCGUGCCCUCGAGCAGCAGCAGCAGCGGCUACUGGAGCUGGAGCGCCCCCAGCGACCAGUCCAACCCGUCCACGCCGUCGCCGCCGCUGUCCGCCGACUGCUUCAAGCCGCUCCGCAGCCCCGCGCCGCCGCCGCCGCCGCCGCCGCCCCCGCCCCCGCCCCCGCCCGCGGACGACGGCAUCGACGAGGCGGAGGCCAGCAACCUGCUCUUCGACGAGCCCAUCCCGCGGAAGAGAAAGAAUUCUAUGAAGGUGAUGUUCAAAUGCCUCUGGAAAAACUGCGGGAAGGUGCUGAGCACUGCAGCAGGUAUCCAGAAACACAUACGGACCAUUCAUCUUGGGCGUGUUGGGGAUUCCGACUACAGUGAUGGAGAAGAGGACUUUUACUACACUGAGAUCAAGCUCAACACAGACUCAGUGGCAGAUGGACUGAGCAGCCUGGCCCCGGUGUCACCUUCUCAGUCCCUGGCUUCACCUCCCACUUUCCCCAUCCCAGAUUCAAGCCGAACAGAAACUCCUUGUGCCAAAACUGAGACUAAAUUGAUGACACCCUUGAGCCGCUCAGCUCCCACCACCCUCUACCUCGUGCACACCGACCAUGCUUACCAGGCCACACCCCCCGUGACCAUUCCAGGAUCGGCCAAGUUCACCCCCAACGGCAGCAGCUUCAGCAUUUCUUGGCAGUCUCCUCCAGUUACCUUCACAGGCAUUCCAGUGUCACCAACACAUAACCAUCCGGUGGGCACAGGAGAGCAGAGGCAGCACACUCACACAGUCUUGUCCUCCCCACCCAGGGGGACCGUCAGCCUGAGAAAGCCCCGGGGAGAGGGCAAGAAGUGCCGCAAGGUGUACGGCAUGGAGAACCGGGACCUGUGGUGCACGGCUUGCCGCUGGAAGAAGGCCUGCCAGAGGUUCACCGACUGACACACAGGUCCGCCCAGCCCAGCCGGCAGCCUGGGGGCCACUGUCCUCGCCCUCCACCGCACGUUCUGGAAAAAUGCUUUUUCUUCUGAACAAAACACACUUGAAGCCCGGGAAAAAAAGCACCUCCAGGAAACUUGGUGGAAUGACAGCAAAAAAUAAAGAAAUAAAUAAGGUCACCACCCUUACUGCUCUUGCUGAGAAUCCAGCGUGGGGCAGCUCUAUUUUUUUUCCUUGAAAAGUCAGCUUUUGGGUUUAUUUUUUUGUUGUUGUUUUUUGGGGGUUUUUUGUGCUUUUCUGUCUUGUUUUGUUUUUGCCGUACGUCUAGGUCUGGAAAAAAAACAACAAACGACUGUGGACUUCUGUAGCAACUGAACCAACAAAGCCCAUUUUGCCUAGAGAGGAGGCAUAUUUUGAUAAGCUUUCUGAAUCAUGCCAUCUCUGAGAUUUUUUUUGACAUUAAAAAAAAAAAAAAAAAAAAAAAAAAACAAGGCUACACGUUAUUCAGUAGCAUUUGUACAGAGAACAAUACCCGCUUUCAUUGUGAAUAGGACCUUCCCCGGUUCCCACCCGCCCCCAGCAGCGCGCACCACGCUGGGCCGCGGCAGGUGCAGGUUUGGCUCCUCCGUCCUGCUCGUCUGUUCCGGCGUCGAGGACCGGCCGAGGCGGAGCGGAGCCCGAGCGCCCCGGGGCACGGACGCGGACAGACGGGCGGACAGACGGGCGGCUGACCGCGCCGCCCACCGGUGAGGCCGGCAGGCCACCUGGUAUUGCCUGGCAAACAGGACGACCAGAACAGGCAGAGGUAUCCAGAGCAAGAGAGACAUGGCCCAGCAGGAGGCUACAGAGGGACGCACAAGGACUGGCAAUGUGUCCGUCCGGCACAGCACCCUGGAGGUCCCCCUUGCAGCACUGCCCACAUGGCUGUGGUCCCCAUCACCUACAGAGCUGCUGCAAGAAGAAACCAAGCCUUAUCCAUGUUGUCUCUCCAGAGCCAUGAAUACAUCUCUGUACAUGGAGUACCUCAAAGUCUACUGGCUUGAAUGCAAACAGUAGCAUUGAAGCUGUGCCUUAAGGAACCGGUAGAACUUCUGAGAACAAACAAGGAAGAAAAGGACCAGAAACAAGAAGAGUUGAGAGCAAACACAGUCCAUUUUGCUGAUACAUGGGUCCUUGGAAGGAAAGGGACAUUUCAGAUUCAUUGUGAUCCUAUUACAGCCUUAGAGACUUAGCCUACAAUCAGUAGGAAAUAGCUGUGACUCACUGUUAAAACUAUGCAAGGACUUGAAAAAAAUUAAGGGCCGCUUGGGUGGUUCAGUUGGUUAAGUGUCUGCCUUCAGCUCAGGUCAUGUGCCUGGAGUCCUGCGAUCAAGUCCUAAUCAGGCUCCCCGGUCAGCUGGGAGCAUGCUUCUCCCUCUCCCUCUGCCAUCCCUGCCCCACUGUGUUCUCUGGCUCUCUCUAUCUCUCUGUCAAAUAAAUAAAAUAUUUU